AUGGGGCCUCCCCAGCCCUUGGUGGAUAAUUUUCGCUGGGCCCAUGAAAGUGUGGCCUGGAUGAAAAUGCAUGCCAAAUCCACCUGGUUUUUCGAAACCAGAGAUUUGCCUCUAUCCAGUUGGUUUUCUGGAUACGGCUGCUCCGAGCUGGCGGCCGGGUUUCUCAAUGCUGCUCGGCGGAGAGUUGCGGGGGAAGAUGAGAAGGAUUCUGACGCAUUUUCUGCUGCCCAUCAAUUUGAGAUCAACGUCAAAGCCAGGACUGCUGCCAAGGAGCAGUUGCCCGAGCAUUCGUGCCAGUUUGUAGACAUCAUGAGGAUUUUGAAUGAUGAUGAUCGCAAAAAGUUGCUCAAAAUGGAGAAAGAUGAGACCAAGGGAGAGAAAGACUUCUGGGAUUUCCUUAAAACAGUGGAUUUGUCGACUCACAGUUUGUGCGCGAAGCAUUGUGAAAGUUGCGAGCUGACCAUGUCCAUCCUAAAUGUCACCGGAUCCCAGCGCGUUCACUAUUCAACUUUGGGCAAAAAACAAGAUGGUCAUCUCCAGAAGAAUGAAGGAUUCCUCUCAGACUACUUGAAAGAGAAGGCCGAGGCGUUCGGAUACAAGCAUUUAGGCACCAUGCGGGCAACUGGCGCAGACUGCAAUCUCCAGGUGAACUCCCGCAAGCGCGUGUAUGACGUGCUGAUCUUGGAACAGUUCUUUGAGGUUGUCGAUGACCCUGUUGAAGUUUAUCAGAGAAUUUCGGCUUUUCUCCAAGAGAAGUUGCAACCUGUCACUAUGGGGCAUGUUUGUUGGGCAACCGACCUGAAAGACAUCCUGCAUGAGGUUCAAGAGAACUACAACAAGUCAUGUGGACUGUCGUUGACAGAGGUUUCUGACAUAUUCUCCAAUGGGGAUGGGGAUUGGUUGAAGCUCCUUAGCAAAACUGAAAGGGACAACUACGCAAACUAUCUGGAGAAACUUGAGAUGACCGACAUUCCCACAAUGAAAAGAGAAGCUCGAGGUGUGUGCGUGGCACAAAACCCAGAUGUGGUGUGCAUGAGUGGCAGUGCUGAAGCCCUUCCAGCAUUCACCCGAGAGUCGACCAAACGCAUCAUGAUGACAAACAAAGAUCGGUGGAUUCUGGCACUCGAAAAACUGGCAAUUUCUGGUUUCCCAGUGCACAAGGAUUUGGCUGAAGCAGCAGGGGUGCCUUUGAUCCAAAUCGAAAAAUUUGAUGGGUGGCACCGGUGCGUGGGAAAUGGCAUGAUCAUACCAAAUGUUGGUGUGGCCAUUGCUGCUGUGAUGAGUUCUUUGAAGCCAUUGCCUGCGUUGCAGGCCUACUUGGAAAAGGCUCUCACUCAGAGGAGCAUGCAGGGGAUACCGCAAUCCCUCAAGUGGCACGGGGGAUGGAAAAAGUGGACUCUUGAAAUUUCUGGAACUACGCACCAGUUCAGCAAUAGAGAGGAUGCUUUGGCUGCCGCCAAGUGGGCCAAACACACUAGGGCAUCUCUGGAAAUCCAAACCAGAGACCAGCUCAAACCAGAAAUUGUGGCAGCAGCAGUGAAAGGCGGCAAGAAGAAUAAGGACGAUAUGGUAGAAUGCGUGCUGCGGCUUCGGUACCGCAAAUCCGGCUUCAACUGCUCUUGCUGCAACGAGGCUUGGUGUAUAUAUAUAUACAUACAUGUCUUCCCAUUAUCUCUUGAAUUCCGCCAAUAA